AUGACGCGCGCGCAGCAGACCAUUUCGCUCGCUCUUCUCGUCUCCUCGUUGUAUCUCGCCCUGUUCUUCGAGUUGAUCCCGCUUCCCGCCCUCGUCCAAGAACAAAUCGUCCCAUUGCUCCCAUUCUGGGCCCUCGUCUCAUUUGGAGCUCUCCUCCUGUUCCGCCUCGGAUACGGCAUCUUCACAUUCAACGACGUUCCGGCCGCGCAUCAGGAGCUCAUGAAGGAGAUCGAGCUCGCCAAGGUCGACUUGCGAAAGUUGGGUGUGGAUGUGGACUAA